AUGUAUUUCUUUGCAAGUCUCCUAUUAAUAAUUCCUUUCUCCUUCGCCUCCGCCCAAGUGACUAGUUCACCGCCGGUUUUGGUCUGGGGAGUCGAUACCCCCAAGCCCACCAGUAUUUUUCGGCCUGUAAAAACGACACAGUUUGAAAAGAUAAUACGCAAUCUGCAGACGAAUAAUAUGAUAAUUAUCUACUUGGCCACGGAGCUGGCUGCCAAGGAUAUAAACUGCGACGUGUGCUUUCCCUACCUCAGCAAGAUCCAGCCCAUGAACUACUACAGCCAGGUGGAGGAGCCUCUAAAGGCCGUGGAACAGGUGGCUGAACAGACGGACGAGAUUAUUUGGCACACCCCCAAGAUCUCAGAAAUGGACAGCUUGGAGGCGGAAAUGGAGCUUUCUUGCCAAAAAGGGCAGAUACACGCGUUCCGCUUUAACGAUCGCAAUGUGGUAGCUCACGACGCGGCAAUGGCGGUGGCCACCUAUCAGUUCACCGACUGCCCGGUGGUGCAUGUGUACACCGCUUACACGGAGGAGGACAAAGCGCUCCAGCGUCGCAGAACCCACAAGACCCAAGCCAUUAAAUCGGAGCAAUCGAAGAAGGUCGGUGGAACGUCGAGCCACUAUGAUGACGGAUUCAAUUUAACGCCGCAGCUGGGCAGCUACAGCAAGGUUGAUAACAUGACCGUGCUGCGUCACGAAAUGGUCAUCCUCACCUUCCGCAACAUCCUGUUGGCCACCAAGAAGAUGCCCUCCGUGUUCUCCCCCUUCAACCGAACGAAUGUGCUGCUCACCCCGGGAAGCGAAGAAGUGGAGGUGGGCCUGCUCAAUGGCCAAAACAUUUUCGGCGGCAUCGUGUUGGUGCUGAAUACAGAGCUCAGUCCGCUGAUUGUGGAGCUGAUGCCAUCGCAGGGCAAUUGGUACCUCACGCGCAUAAUCUUCAUAAACCAGACCCACUACCCACGCGAUCUCAUCUUCUUCGGCUUCGAGUUCAGUCUCUGCUGCAGGGACAUCACUGUAUACUCCACGGCGGCGGGGCGCCUCAGCUUCUUCGACUUUCAUCUGGAUAUCCUGUGGCAGGACAAGCAGACCGGCAUGGACGUGGAGCACGAGGUGAAGCCCUGCUGGGACUGCUCCAUACUUAUGACGCCGACCCUGACGCAGACCAUCUUCGUGAUGGUGGUCAUCAUGGCGAUACUCUGGAUGGGCAUGGCCAUGUUGCUUUCGAUCGGCCAGAACCACAUGCUGCAGAACGCCAACGAUCCUGACCUGCACAUCAAGACGGACACCUAG